CCAACUGGUCACAAGACACAACUCGCCUCUUACCAACUGGUCACAAGACACAACUCGCCUGUUUCAUAUACAGAGAUAACUGUGUCUCGUCUCUUUCCAGUUUAAACCGAGAGAAACAAUGGCUCCUCCACAGAAGCUCUUUCUCGCCGCCAUUUUCGCCGCUGUCAUUGUAGCCACCACCACCGGAGAUGGAUCUAAUAGUGCUGGAGAAGAUAUUGUACAUUCCUCUUGCAUGCACGCUAGCUAUCCAUCGCUAUGCAUCCGUACGCUGUCUACUUACUCCGGUCCGACCAUCACAAACCGUCGUGAGCUAGCUCAAGCCGCCGUUAAAAUAAGUCUCUCCCACGCUAAAGCCGCUGCGAAAAAACUCGCGGCGGUGCGAGAAACCGUGGGGAAGAAACGGGAGAAAGCGGCGGUUGUGGACUGCGUGGAGAUGAUUGGAGACUCGGUUGAUGAGCUGAGCCGCACGCUAGGCGCUUUGAAGCAUCUCCGCGUCUCGGGUGGUUCGGUGAACGAGUUCAGGUGGCAGAUGAGCAACGCGCAGACGUGGGCGAGUGCUGCGUUGACUGAUGACGACACGUGUCUCGAUGGGUUUCAAGGGAUCGACGGUGAAAUCAAGUCGGAGGUGAAGGAGUGGAUGACGAAAGUGGCGAGGGUUACGAGCAACGCGCUUUACAUGAUCAACCAGCUAGAUGAUAAACGUGGCAAGCCCCACGUCGUACGUCCUUGAUGUUAUAAUAAUGCACUUGUCCUAAUGGACUGUUGUGAUUUUGUUAACUUUUAUUCGUGUGUGUUUUUUUUUUUUUUUUUUGUCAAACUAUUCGUGUGUGUUUAAUUACAAGUUAUCCACUAUAUAAACUACAUGCAUUGUCAUUUUUAGUAGUUCUGAUAAUGGUAUAUAACUAUAUCCUAUAUUAUAUAAAUGUUUAAUCUUUUGGUUCGCUAUGUCACUAUAUCGUAAUAUGUGGUUCCGUUCGGAUUCGCUUGCAUGUGAUUUUGUCUUCACAUGAAACUGAAAAUAGGAAUUUAAAAGACUGAUAAACUAAAACGAAAAUCAUAUAUAGAAAGUAGUACAAACUGACGUAGCGGAAAUUAUUUAUAUAAAUAAUUUUCUGUAAGCAAACUCUUAGAGCAACAUUAUCGGUAAACAGUGCCGUCCCGAAAUAUCCGGUGGCCUAAAGCAAUAUAAAAAAUAUGAUCUUUAAUUUUUUUCAGAAAUUUUGAAUCUGGUUUAUCAUUACUAAUUCUCUAAUAUGAACAUACUUUUUUACAUAAGAAUAUUUUUCGUUAUAUAGAAAAAUUUAUUGUUUUAAAACUAAUUUUAUGUUCUUUAAAAAAAAAUUCAAUUGUUUAGUAAUGAAGUUGUUGCUGUAAUUUUUAACCUGGACCUUCGUUAAUUUAUUUUACAAAUAUAUAAAGAACCAAAGAAAUCAUACAAAUAUAACAAAAAUGCAUAUUACUAAAUGUGUUUGAAAUAUAAAAGAUCACUGAAUUUAACUAUAGUAAGUUACAUAACAAUAACUGAUAGUUAAAAUGAAAUAUAAAUGGUUAUAAGUUAUAAAUUCAGACAAUUAGUUUAGAAACAGAGACUAAGUAUGAAAAACUAAAAUGACUAAAUAUUAAAUCUCGAGGUUUUAAACAAUCAUCUAUGACCAUUACACAAUUUAAGAUUUGUGGCCUUAAAAAUAUCAAUUAUAGAUGUGGCCUAAAGCUAAUGCUUUAUGUGUCUUAUGGCUAGGACGGGCCUGUCGGUAAAUACUGUGAGGGGUUUUAAAAAAAAAUAAUAUUUUAAUUAUUUCAACUCUAAAAACAUUAAUAAGAUGACAUGUGUUGUUUUAAUGUUUCAAUCGGUUCUACUAAGAAUUUUUGUUCAUUUUCUUUAAUAUUUUUAUGAUAUAUUUUUUUAAGUUAAAAAGGUUGGAACUGCUCAAAAACAUGUUUAUUGGUAAAUUUUUAUUUAAGAAUUGGUUCUUAGUUUUUUUAAUUAAAACAAAAGUCAGAGGUUACGAUGAGCUGAGGCAUGAUCUUGCACGCACGUUUGGGAUCCAAUGACAGCUUGAAGAUUCGCUAACAUCAGACUGGAAACUUGUGUGCGUAACUUCUCGGUGAUGAUCCAUGGGUGUAUGUAGAGAACUAUCACAUUCUUCAACAUAAGACCAUUUGAAAGUUCCAUUCCUUUUUUAUAGCUUUUGAAACUUUGGAUUUUUGCAAGGAAUUUGUAAACUGUGUUCAGAGCAUAUUUCAUCAGGUGAGGUUCAACUAAGUUAACAUAAGCAACUUGGUAUGAAGAAUCAAACUCAAGUCUUUAUUUUAGAUUAUGUUCUCAGGCCGUUUAUGAAAAUUUUUUCCACAAUUGGGGAUACAAAUUGCAGGU